AUGGCACUCUCCAAAAGGAGCACUCUGUCGAAGACGGUGCUGUGUUACCUGCUCUUUAUGGCUCCUCUUUGCAGCAUCACCACCAAUACGAUCUGUCACGGGUUCAUUUUAAAACGCACACCCAAGUUAGAAGCAUUUCUAACUCGUGGGGAUAGCACAAAAAAAGGUCUCCCUAACGACCAUUCACGAAUGAACAACUUCACGAAGAGGAGCAACGCACAGAGGAAGAAUCACAGCACAGUUUAUGCACAUGGGAAGAAGAAGGGAAAAAACAAAGAGGCGUUACACCAGGUGCGCGAAAUUAUAAACAAGCAAAAGUCGUCUACGGGGGGUGAGGGGGAUGAUGAGGAUGAUGAAGAAGAUGAAGACGACGAUGAACCGGAUGAUGGGGUGAAAGGAAAAGGGACCUAUAACCCCCACGCAGGACAACAAAAAAACAUUCAGAAAAACCAAAAAGGAAACAUUGCAAAGGGAACAUCGGGGGGAAAAAACAAAACAGCAGACCUGUACCUGAGUAAUAAUAUCAAAAUAAAGUCUAGUUUAAAGGAGGAGGAGGAGCAGGGUGACGAUGUUGAAUUGGAGAGGGAUACGGACUCGGAAGAGGACGCCCUCACGGAAGAUGACCCCUCAAUGGAAGACACCUCCCCCGAGGAUGAAGACGAACAGGAGGAGGAACCCGUCACAGAAGAAGACCUAAACGCCCUAAACAAAACAUGCGCCGAAAAAAUGGAAAGCGUUUACAACUACAUAAAGAAGGAGUCCUACAGAUUUAAUCUAAACAGCAUAUCCAACACCAUGUUUGAAAAUGAAAAGAUAAAAAUAAACGACCAGAUACAUAUAAUUAAACACAUAAGCCAUAUUAAGAAGAAGGAGAAUCUAUUUGUUAUCACUCCGUAUGACCCCUACUAUGUGAACUUCAUAUACAACCACUUCGUGAAGGAAUACAAGGAAUUGAAGUUCUACGUGAAGGACAGAUCGGUGUAUGCUGUUGUCCCCCCUCUGUCGGAAAACCUAAAGAACGAAAUUAGGAUAAAAAUAAAAGAAAAAAUUGAGGACUCCAAGGGGACCUUGCGAAAUGUGAGGAAACAGAUGAUGACAAAACUGGAGAAGGUCCGAAAUCGAAUUGGGAAGGACAUUUACCACAUGCAGAAAAAUCACAUACAGAGUCUGCACGACCAGACACGCAAGCGUAUCGAGGCCAUCCUCAACGACCUCCGCUGA